CAGAAUCAGAUAAACUGAUCUGAUGUGAUUUGAUAGUGGACGGAGGUGCGAGACUGAAGCAGGAUGGCUCACAACACCAAACACACGAUGUCCGCUGAUGUGGAGAGUCGGAGGCGACGGUCCACCGAGAGUUCAGAGCCCCUCUGGGACCAUGAACCCAAAGGUCGCCGCUGUAGCUCCCAGUGUGACAGACUGUGUGUAGCCGGAGCAUAUAUUGAGAUUCCAGAUACUCCUUCCCCCUGCACCUCCCAGUAUUUAGCACACUACACCCCGAAAUGCCUCUCUACCCACAGGCAUUCCCUGCAUUCACGAUGCACGGAUGACGUUUGGCAGGAAACGAGCGUCAGAACCACCAUCCGAGCAGAAAACGAGGUGGAGGCACAUAAACUUGCCAACAACUACAAGUUUGGUUUCAGGAAAUGGAAGAGUCAUGUAACCGAGCGGCCCAUUGAGGACAGAUCUGAUGUAGUUAAGGAGCUUUAUUCUGAGCUCAACUAUAUCAAACAUCAUUCAGGAUCACUGGUUUCUGUUGGAAAUAUAGUAUAUGUAUUGCUCUUUGGCUGGUGGAUCUCUUUGUUUUACUUCUUGGUUAGUCUGCUGAUGUUUUGUACCAUUGCUGGGAUCCCAUAUGGAAAACUCUGUUUGGAGCUGUCAGGUUAUUUCUUAUGGCCAUUUGGAAAGGCUUUGCAGAAAAGCAGCAGCCUGCUUAGGAAAUGUUGUAUGAAAUUCCCACACUGUGAGGCCAUUCCAGAGGAAGUGGAUGAAGUAAAGGAGUCUUUGGAGGUGAAAGAAUCUACACCUUUGCUGCGCUCCGCUCCUGUCUUUACCACAGAAAUCCCUGUGCCUACGCAGCCCCCCAAGCAGGCACGUUACUGGUGUCGGUUGAGUACGUAUGUUUGGCUGAUGCUGGGAUAUCCCCUGCUGGCUGUGGUUCAUUCCCUGGCCGUCUUCCUGUCCUGGAUGAUGGUGUUCACCAUCCCUGUGUCAAAGAUGAACGGCAGGACCUUGAGCAUCAUCCUGCUCAUGCCACCGGAAGAGGUCAAAGUUCGGACUGUGAAAAAGCCACAAGGUUGCGAGACCAGAGUUCUGCUUUGCUGUUACCGUGCCUUCAACUGGUACUACUACAAAUACACUGUGGAUGGGAUCAAUGUGUUUGCUGUCAACCUGUUGCCGCUGGUUAUCAUCACUCUGGUGAUCGGAUAUGUGGACAGAGACAAUUAUUUUGUGAGCUCAGAGGUGAAGUUUGCCACAGCAGUGAGCUCCAUUAUCCCAUUGUCUUACUACAUUGGAAUGGGGAUAGCAAGUAUUUCCGCACAGAGUAACUUUGCUGUGGGAGCUGUAGUAAACGCCACGUUCGGCUCGAUUACGGAGAUGGCCUUCUACAUCACAGCUUUGCUGCAGGGUCACCGCGCAGGAAACAAGUGCUAUGCGGAGAUCGUCAAAUCUGCUCUCACCGGCACCCUGCUGGGCUGCAUCCUCUUCAUACCUGGGAUUUGUAUGAUCAUCGGGGGCUGCAAGCACAGAGAGCAGCGGUUCAACAGCAGGUCGGCGGGGGUCAGCUCAGCCCUGCUCUUCAUAUCAGUAGGAGGUGUUUUCGCCCCCACGUUGUUUUCAAAAGCUUAUGGAAACUUUAUAUGUGAGGGCUGUAACAACGCAGCUGGUAACACCACAAACCCCUUCAUAUGUAACAAUUGCCAUUAUGACCUGAGCGAAAACAACCGACCACUUUUUUUGAGUCAUAUCGAGCCUUUAGUGUACACUAUCUCUGUCCUGUUACCUGCUGCGUAUCUCAUUGGUCUGAUCUUCACCCUUAAGACUCAUUCGCAUAUUUAUGAUAUCCACGUCAGUGACGGACACUGUCAUGUUAUUAGUGACCACGGUGCAGUGGUUCACUGGUCUAGAAGGAGAGCUCUAGUGGUGCUCAUUUUGGCUACGGUAUUGAUGGCAGCAUGUGCUGAUCUUAGCACUGAAAACAUCAAACCGAUCCUCUCCAACUCCAGUGUCUCACAGUAUUUUAUUGGAGUUACUGUAUUGGCCAUGGUUCCUGAGCUUCCUGAGAUAGUCAACGGGAUCCAGUUUGCUCUUCAAAACAACAUCAGUCUCAGCCUGGAAGUGGGGAGCUGCAUUGCAGUUCAGGUGUGCAUGCUGCAGAUACCGCUACUGAUCUUGUUCAAUGCUUUUUAUGAUGUUGGAUUCGUUCUUAUAUUCAGUGAUUUACACCUCUGGGCAAGCAUCUUUAGCGUUAUCCUGGUCAACUACAUAUUUAUGGAUGGAAAGUCGGACUACUUUCAGGGAACGGCUCUGGUGGUUGUGUACCUCAUUCUCCUGGCUUUGUACUUUUUUGCACCUGCUCCUCUUGGAUGUUGAAUUUUUUUUUCCCUUUAUUAUCUUUUAUUGUUGGCAUGUUUGUAGUGUUUUUGUGUAUGUUUGUUUCAUAUACACUGUAAAGUUCUUUAUUUAGA